AUGAUCGUCGCGGACUCGGAGUGCCGCCCGGAGCUGCAGGGCUACCUGCCGUUCUCCCGGGGCGGCGGCGGCGGCGGCGGCGGCGGCAGCGGCGGCAGCCCGGGGGCCGGGGAGGAGCAGAGGAUGAGGUGGGCUCGGGGAGGCCCUCGCGGGCCCAGCGCCUUCAUCCCCGUGGAAGAGGUCCUCCAGGAGGGAGCUGAGAGCCUCGAGCAGAACCUGGGGCUGGAGGCACUGAUGUCCUGUGGGCGUGUGGACAACCUGGCAGUGGUGAUGGGCCUGCACCCUGACUACCUUAGCAGAUUCUGGCGCCUGCACUACCUACUGCUGCACACAGAUGGGCCUCUGGCCAGCUCCUGGCGCCACUACAUUGCUAUCAUGGCUGCUGCCCGCCACCAGUGUUCCUACCUGGUUGGCUCCCACAUGGCCGAGUUUCUGCAGACUGGCGGUGACCCGGAGUGGCUGCUUGGCCUCCACCGGGCCCCUAAGAAGUUGCGCAAGCUUAAUGAGAUCAACAAGUUGCUGGCACAUCGCCCAUGGCUCAUCACCAAGGAGCACAUCCAGGCCUUGCUGAAGACGGGUGAGCACAGCUGGUCCCUGGCUGAGCUCAUCCAAGCCCUGGUCCUGCUCACCCACUGCCACUCGCUGGCCUCCUUCGUGUUUGGCUGUGGCAUCCUCCCCGAGGGGGACCCGGAGGGCAGCCCUGUACCCCAGGCACCUUCACCCCCCAGCGAGCAGAGCAGCCCCCCCAGCAGAGACUCACUGAACAAUUCCGGGAGCUUCGAGGCUGCCCGGGACGUGGAGGCUUUGAUGGAACGCAUGAGGCAGCUGCAGGAGAGCCUACUGCGGGAUGAGGGAGCGUCUCAGGAGGAGAUGGAGAGCCGCUUUGAGCUGGAGAAGUCGGAGAGCCUGCUGGUGACCCCCUCGGCUGACAUCCUGGAGUCCUCUCCACAUCCAGACAUGCUGUGCUUCGUAGAAGACCCCACUUUCGGAUAUGAGGACUUCACCCGGCGAGGGACUCAGGCGCCUCCUACCUUCCGUGCCCAGGAUUAUACCUGGGAAGACCAUGGCUACUCCCUGAUCCAGAGGCUUUACCCGGAGGGUGGGCAGCUGCUGGAUGAGAAGUUCCAGGCAGCCUACAGCCUCACCUACAACACCAUGGCCAUGCACAGCGGAGUGGACACCUCCAUGCUCCGCAGGGCCAUCUGGAACUACAUCCACUGCGUCUUCGGCAUCAGGUAUGACGACUAUGACUACGGGGAGGUGAACCAGCUCCUGGAGCGGAACCUCAAGGUCUAUAUCAAGACAGUGGCCUGCUACCCAGAGAAGACCACCCGGAGGAUGUACAGGCUCUUCUGGAGGCACUUCCGCCACUCGGAGAAGGUCCACGUGAACUUGCUGCUCCUGGAGGCCCGCAUGCAAGCCGCCCUGCUCUAUGCCCUCCGUGCCAUCACCCGCUACAUGACCUGA